UAUUGCUUCUUUUUUUUUUAAUUGUGUCUGUAGCUCAUUAAUCAACCGACGAGCUACUGCUAACACAACACAACACAACUCCGAUCGGACUGUUGAAGUGUGUGAUUGUAUAUUUGUGUGUGCCGUAUAGUGUGUACAGUUCAGUUCGUGUGGUUAAAUGUGUGUUAAGCCGAAGGACACAUACAGGAGCAGUUGACCGAUUUCUAGUACUGACAGCUGCACAGUUCCGGGUGAGGACUUUGUUUCCUGUGGAAACUUCAAUCUUAAAGGUGCGUCUCUCCUCCUGCGUCCUCAUGACUCGCAUCUUCGUAUACGGCACCCUGAAGAAAGGGCAACCCAACUACUACCGCAUGUUUGACAGUGCCAAUGGGAAGGCCCAGUUCCUGGCCUCGGCCCUCACCGCUGAGAGGUACCCGCUCGUGAUCGCCAGCAAGCACAACAUCCCUUUCCUCCUCAACAUCCCUGGCCAGGGUCGCAGAGUUCACGGAGAGAUCUACGAGGUGGACGACGAGAUGCUGAGGUUCCUGGAUGACUUCGAGGGCGUCCCCACCUUGUACCAGCGGACUCUGGUCAAGUUGGAGGUGAAGGCUCGGGGGGCAGAGGGUGAGGAGAAGGAGGAGGCACCGGGCAGCAUCACAGAGGCAUUUGUGUACAGCACAACGGUGUAUCAGCCAGACUGGCCCUCGCUGCCCCACUACGACAACUACGACGCGUAUGGAGAUCACGGGCUGGAGUACGCAACCAGAGAAGCUCGAGACUGAUGGAGAAGAGCAUCAGCUAAACAGAGAUGUCUUUAUUUUCAUGAUCUAACCAGAAACUUUAUAUUUGAAUUCCUACAAUAUGUUCUGUAUCUUUAGAAAUCCAUUUAUUAGAAUAUCUAAUGGCAGAUCUGUGACCAGUUAAAGAAGAUAAAUAGACCAGUUUCCUCAUAUAUCAUCGUCAGGGUUAAACAUGUGUUAAUAAGAGGAUCAUAAACUGCAGGUUUCUACUUGAAUCACCUCAUUUUAAAUACUUAAAAACACUGAAAUGUUGCAAUGUUUCAAAAGGGCAUUCCUCGUACUACUGUAUGUUUACUGUUCAGUUUCUCUUGUUCUCUAAUGCACUGAUGCCUGGAGGCAAAUCAUGUUUCACCAAUGGCACAUUCUGUAAAAGAUACGAAUAAAAUCAUCACUACGCUCCAAUCCCCAAGUUUUCUCGUGCUGUGAGAUCAACCAACCACCCAAAUCUAGGUUUGCCUAUUCUACGCCCCUGCUCUGCUUUUAUUUUGGAGUAUUUUCCUUUGAAAUCCUUUUUCCCUCGUGAUGUGUUGUUCUAAAAUAAUUCCACCUGGGGCUGUGUUCAUGAAAACCACAUUAAAACAAAACACAUCCAUC